AUGUCCCCAGGCGACCACAUUCCGGUGAAAAAUGAACCUCAUUCUGCUCGGCCUUCAGUUGACAAAAGUAAAGACGAGAGAAGCCUGGGAGCUACUGAAGCUGAAAAGAAGGAUGUGAAAGAGCAGUACCUUAAGAAGGCCAAGAGAAGGGAGGAAAUAAUAGCCUUAUUGAGGAAACAACGGGCAGAGAGGAUUCUGAAAGAGUCCUUUUCAAAUAUGCACAAGUCGAAGAGCAAAAUUCAGGAAAGCAAGAUACAGAUACCAGAAUCGGACUUUGAGGAUAAAGAAAGUGUGAAGGCACUCAAUUGAGCAUUUUGAUCAGUGCAAAACAAC